CCACAAAAUUUUAUUUAUUAAUUAUAUUGAUUGGUAAUUUCUGCAUUCUGUUGCAUCACCUUUUUUUGGAAUGGGCACAGAUAUUGAUCUCUUCCUGUCAGUUGGCCAGAUGACUGUCUUCCAAAUUUCUUGGCAUAGACAAGUGAGUGAUUCCAGCAUUUCGUCUGUUUGUUGAAAUAUCUCAAAUGGUAUUCCAUGCAUUCCUGGAGCCUUGUUUGUACACCAGUGUCUUCAGUGUAGCUUGGUCUUCAACCUCAGUACCGUGAGUUCUUGAUCAUAUGCUGCCUCUUGAAUUGAUAGAAUGUCAACCAGUUCUUUCUGGUACAGUGACUCUGUGUAUUCCUUCUAUAUUCUUUUGAUGCUUCCUGCUUUGUUCAACACGUUGCCCAUUGAAUCUGGAAAUAUUGUAACUCACAACUUUAAUUUUUCUCCUGUUCUCUCAGCUUGGCUUUCUAAUUCCAGGUCUUUACAAAUUUCGUGAUAAUACUUUACUUUGUCUUCUCCAGCCUCCCUUUGAAAUGUUCUCUUCAGCUUUUUUACUUAUAGGUGAGUUAAUUCAAUUUUGAAUUUGUUGAGUAUGUAGUACAGGCAUAGUAUAGAUGACAAAUGAAAAGAUAGACUCGUGUUUCAGCAAGAUCUUCUUUUUAUAAACAAGAUCUGGAAGAAAUGAAAGUAUAAAAAUAGUUAAAAUCAUGAAAAAGAAUGAAUUAAAUCAUAGACCACAUACACAAUGGGGAAGAGAGGAGAGGAUGGAGCUCUGGAAUAGAGAACAAGCAGAUGGAGAAGCACUAAAGGCUGAGAUUGGGCACUGGGAAUGUAGAAAGAAUAAUUGUAGAGUGCUGUGUCAUAGAAAGUGAAGAGACUAAUUUAAAAAGUAACACAUUUAUUUAUUGUGGUUAGUAAUAGUAAGACUUCAAUAAAGAGAAUUUUUUAGUGUUGACAUUGUUAAGAUAUAGGUAAUUGAAUGGUAGAGUUUAAAAGGAACAUCUGUUUACUCUUAACUCUAGAUAAAACUAGAGAUAUCUUAAUUUAGACAUAUGAUGUCUGCCCUUUAAAAAUAUUAUCUUAAUAACAGGAGAGUCCCUUUCUUUUUUCCAUCUUUAUUCUCCAUGUUGCAGUUUAAGUGUUUUCAUUCUUCUCAAGAUGGUAUCCAGCUCUGGACAAUGUGAGAACUCAUCAGGAGUGGAGAAAUCAUGAUUUUUGUUUCUUUUCUCUCUUCUCUAAGUCAUUGAUGAUGGCCCUUAGCAAUUCCAACUGGAGGCUACCUCAACUUUCUUUUUUCCUGGUAAGUAUACCAGGUUUGGAGGAAAGCCAGCUCUGGAUAGCCUUGCCCCUAGGUGUCCUUUAUAUCCUUGCUCUGGUGGGAAAUGUCACCAUUCUUUUCAUCAUCUGGACUGACCUAUCCCUGCACCAGCCCAUGUACAUUUUCUUGGCCAUGCUUGCUAGCAUUGACCUGAUCCUGGCCUCCUCCACUGCACCAAAAACACUUGCAGUACUCCUGGUUCAGGCUCAUGAUGUUGGGUAUACUGUAUCCUUGAUCCAGGUGUUCUUCAUUCAUGCGUUCUCCUCCAUGGAGUCAGGUGUGCUUGUGGCCGUGGCUCUAGAUGGCUAUGUAGCCAUCUGUCACCCUCUGCACCAUUCCACCAUCCUGCCUCCAGAGGUCAUACGGUGCAUUGGAGUGGCAGUACUGGUGCAGGGAUUACUCCUUCUCACCCCUUUGCCCAUCCUGCUGCAGUGCCUCAUCUUCUGUGAGGACAUUAUCAUAGGACAUGCCUACUGUGAACAUAUGGCUGUGGUGAAACUUGCCUGCUCAGACACUACAGUGAACCGAGCCUAUGGGCUGGCAGUGGCACUGCUUGUGGUUGGACUAGACGUUCUGGUCAUUGCUAUUUCCUAUGCUCUCAUUCUCCAGGCAGCUCUGAAGGUAUCAGGAGGCGAGGCCCGACUUAAGGCCUUUAGCAUCUGUGGGUCCCAUGUUUGCGUUAUUCUGGUCUUCUAUGUCCCUAGAAUAUUCUCCUUCCUCACUCACCACUUUGGCCACCAUGUGCCUCAUCACAUCCAUGUUCUUUUGGCCACACUUUACCUCCUUGUGCCACCUGCUCUCAAUCCUCUUGUCUAUGGGGUGAAGACUAGACAGAUCAGUCAGCAGGUACUCAGAAUAUUCUACAUAAAAGCAUAGACCUAAACACACCCUAAUUAUCUUCUUCUGAGGCUCCUUUCAAGAACACCACCAGAAGCCCACUGCUGG